UGGGGGUGGGGGUCCUUUGCCUCCCAGGGAUAGAGGAUCUUUUUUUUUUUUUUUUGGUUGAGAUGAAGGGGUGGGUCUAUGGUACAUCACCUGAGUUGUGGGGUAAAUGUAGAGAGUGUCAAUCAAAGGCAGAGCUCUCAGAGCUGGGAAGGAGGCUCUAGAUGGCGGCUGUGCCUUAGAGAGAGCGCGCUCUGCUCUCUGCCUUUGCCUCACUUUACGCAACUUUCCCUAACUUUCAGGCAGCCUCAGGGGGCCCCUGCAGCCCCCUGCCUCUCCUAGUGACUUACUGGCGUCGAUUUUGACCCUUUUUAGGGAGAAAAGCAGCUUUUAGGAGCUUUCUUUUUCUGCCUUGUUGGAAAGAAGCAGCCGUACUGAGAGCCCAGGUCGUUGUUUUUCCAGCUUAGAAGCCAUGGCGCACCUCCAUUUUUGUGCGCUCUCCUAAUGAGGUUUUUUUCUUCCGGACUGUUUUAGUAUUAAUUGUUACUUAAUUUUUUUUUGACCAGUUAACAUAUUUGAGGGUUAUUUUAUUUAUUUUUAGUUUUUUUUAGCGGAGAACAUUGUUUUUAUUUUUAAUUAUUUGGGAUCUGAUAUUUUUCUACUAGAUAGGACUCUUGCUUUGGACCUACUACAUGGAUCAGUAAAUACCUGGGCACAGGACUUCAAAGCAAACACAGAUCCCCCUCCCCCUUAAUAUUUAAGAAUUAAAAGAUGAUGAGAAAUAAGGACAAAAGCCAAGAGGAGGACAGUUCGCUACACAGCAAUGCUUCGAGUCAUUCAGCAUCUGAAGAAGCCUCGGGAUCAGACUCUGGCAGCCAGUCGGAAAGUGAGCAGGGCAGUGACCCAGCCAGUGGACAUGGCAGUGAGUCCAAUAGCAGCUCUGAGUCUUCUGAAAGCCAGUCGGAAUCUGAAAGUGAAUCAGCAGGUUCCAAAUCCCAACCAGUCCUUCCAGAAGCCAAAGAGAAGCCCGCCUCUAAGAAGGAACGGAUAGCAGAUGUGAAGAAGAUGUGGGAAGAAUAUCCUGAUGUUUACGGAGUUAGGCGAUCAAACCGAAGUAGACAAGAGCCAUCACGAUUUAACAUUAAGGAGGAGGCAAGUAGUGGGUCUGAGAGUGGGAGCCCAAAAAGAAGAGGCCAGAGGCAGCUGAAAAAACAAGAAAAAUGGAAACAGGAGCCCUCAGAAGAUGAACAGGAACAAGGCACCAGUGCAGAAAGUGAACCAGAACAAAAAAAAGUGAAAGCCAGAAGACCUGUCCCCAAAAGAAUGGUGCCCAAACCUUGUGUGAAAAGGCAGCCUAAGACUCAGCGUGGAAAGAGGAAAAAGCAGGACUCCUCUGAUGAGGAUGAUGAAGAUGAUGAAACUCCUAAAAGGCAAACUCGUCGAAGAGCUGCUAAAAAUGUUAGUUAUAAAGAAGAUGAUGACUUUGAGACGGACUCAGAUGACCUCAUUGAAAUGACUGGAGAAGGAGUUGAUGAACAGCAGGAUAAUAGUGAAACAAUUGAAAAGGUCUUAGAUUCAAGACUAGGAAAGAAAGGAGUCACUGGAGCUUCUACCACUAUAUAUGCGAUCGAGGCUAAUGGAGACCCCAGUGGUGACUUUGACACUGAAAAGGAUGAAGGCGAAGUCCAGUACCUCAUCAAGUGGAAGGGUUGGUCUUAUAUCCAUAGCACAUGGGAGAGUGAAGAAUCCUUACAGCAGCAGAAAGUGAAGGGCCUAAAAAAACUAGAGAACUUCAAGAAGAAAGAGGAUGAAAUCAAGCAAUGGUUAGGAAAAGUUUCCCCUGAAGAUGUGGAAUAUUUCAACUGUCAACAAGAGCUGGCCUCUGAGUUGAACAAACAGUAUCAGAUAGUAGAAAGAGUAAUAGCUGUGAAGACAAGUAAAUCUACACUGGGCCAAACAGACUUUCCAGCUCAUAGUCGGAAGCCGGCACCUUCCAAUGAACCUGAGUAUCUAUGCAAAUGGAUGGGCCUGCCAUAUUCCGAAUGCAGCUGGGAAGAUGAAGCUCUGAUUGGAAAGAAAUUUCAGAGCUGUAUUGACAGCUUCCAUAGUCGGAACAACUCAAAAACCAUCCCCACGAAAGAAUGCAAGGCCCUGAAGCAGAGACCACGCUUUGUGGCUUUAAAAAAACAGCCAGCGUAUUUAGGAGGGGAGAACCUGGAGCUCCGUGACUAUCAGCUUGAAGGUCUCAACUGGCUUGCUCAUUCCUGGUGCAAAAGUAACAGCGUAAUCCUUGCUGAUGAAAUGGGCCUAGGAAAGACCAUCCAGACCAUAUCAUUCCUCUCCUACCUGUUCCACCAACACCAGCUGUACGGCCCUUUUCUUAUAGUCGUCCCUUUAUCCACCCUCACCUCAUGGCAGAGGGAGUUUGAAAUCUGGGCACCAGAGAUUAACGUAGUGGUUUACAUAGGUGACCUGAUGAGCAGAAAUACGAUACGGGAAUAUGAAUGGAUUCAUUCUCAGACCAAAAGACUGAAGUUCAACGCCCUUAUAACAACAUAUGAGAUUCUCUUAAAAGAUAAGACUGUGCUGGGCAGUAUUAACUGGGCCUUUCUGGGAGUGGAUGAAGCCCAUCGGUUGAAGAAUGAUGACUCUUUAUUAUAUAAAACUUUGAUUGAUUUCAAGUCCAGCCAUAGGCUCCUGAUUACUGGGACCCCUCUUCAGAAUUCUCUCAAAGAGCUCUGGUCCUUGCUGCACUUUAUUAUGCCGGAGAAGUUUGAGUUCUGGGAAGACUUUGAAGAAGACCAUGGAAAAGGGAGAGAGAAUGGCUACCAGAGUCUUCAUAAGGUGCUAGAGCCUUUCCUUCUGCGGAGAGUCAAAAAAGAUGUGGAGAAGUCUCUUCCUGCCAAAGUAGAACAAAUCCUCAGAGUGGAAAUGUCGGCCCUUCAGAAACAGUAUUAUAAGUGGAUUCUAACCAGGAAUUACAAAGCUCUUGCCAAAGGAACUAGAGGCAGCACAUCUGGUUUCUUGAAUAUUGUUAUGGAACUAAAGAAAUGCUGUAACCAUUGCUACCUGAUUAAACCCCCUGAGGAAAAUGAAAGGGAGAAUGGGCAGGAGAUUCUUCUGUCCCUGAUCAGGAGCAGUGGGAAGCUGAUUCUGUUAGAUAAACUACUGACAAGGCUUCGAGAAAGGGGCAACAGAGUCCUUAUCUUCUCCCAGAUGGUGAGAAUGUUGGACAUCCUAGCUGAGUACCUGACUAUUAAGCACUAUCCUUUUCAGCGUCUGGAUGGUUCCAUCAAGGGAGAGAUCCGAAAACAGGCACUGGACCACUUCAAUGCAGAUGGGUCUGAGGACUUCUGUUUCCUGCUCUCCACACGGGCUGGGGGCCUGGGAAUCAACUUGGCUUCAGCAGACACAGUUGUCAUCUUUGACUCUGAUUGGAACCCCCAGAACGACUUGCAGGCACAAGCCCGAGCCCAUAGAAUUGGCCAAAAGAAGCAGGUAAAUAUUUACCGCUUGGUUACAAAGGGGACUGUGGAGGAGGAGAUCAUAGAGCGGGCCAAAAAGAAGAUGGUGUUGGACCACCUGGUGAUUCAGCGAAUGGACACCACUGGCCGGACAGUCCUUGAAAACAACUCAGGAAGGUCCAACUCAAAUCCUUUUAAUAAAGAAGAGCUGACAGCUAUUUUGAAAUUUGGAGCAGAGGAUCUCUUCAAAGAAGUGGAAGGGGAAGAAUCAGAGCCUCAGGAAAUGGAUAUAGAUGAGAUUUUGCGCUUGGCUGAAACAAGAGAGAAUGAAGUGUCAACAAGUGCAACAGAUGAGCUUCUAUCACAAUUUAAGGUUGCCAACUUCGCUACAAUGGAAGAUGAAGAGGAGUUGGAAGAGCGUCCUCACAAGGACUGGGAUGAGAUCAUUCCAGAGGAGCAACGGAAAAAGGUGGAGGAGGAGGAAAGGCAGAAAGAGCUGGAAGAAAUCUAUAUGUUGCCUCGAAUUCGAAGUUCUACUAAAAAGGCUCAGACAAAUGACAGUGACUCUGACACUGAGUCUAAGAGACAGGCCCAGAGGUCCUCUGCUUCAGAAAGUGAGACAGAUGACUCUGACGAUGACAAGAAGCCAAAACGCAGAGGUCGUCCCCGAAGUGUGCGGAAGGACCUUGUAGAGGGGUUCACUGAUGCAGAAAUCAGAAGGUUCAUCAAGGCAUAUAAGAAGUUUGGCCUCCCUCUUGAAAGGCUAGAGUGCAUAGCACGGGAUGCUGAGCUGGUAGAUAAAUCCGUGGCAGAUCUGAAACGUCUGGGUGAACUGAUCCACAACAGCUGUGUGUCAGCAAUGCAAGAAUAUGAAGAACAACUGAAAGAAAAUGCCAGUGAAGGGAAAGGACCCGGGAAAAAGAGAGGUCCCACAAUCAAGAUAUCUGGGGUUCAGGUUAAUGUGAAGUCCAUUAUCCAACAUGAAGAAGAGUUUGAGAUGUUGCAUAAAUCCAUCCCUGUGGACCCUGAAGAAAAAAAAAAAUAUUGCUUGUCCUGUCGCGUCAAAGCUGCACAUUUUGAUGUGGAGUGGGGAGUGGAAGAUGACUCGCGACUCUUGCUGGGAAUUUAUGAACAUGGCUAUGGAAACUGGGAGCUAAUUAAAACAGAUCCAGAGCUUAAAUUAACUGACAAAAUUCUGCCUAUGGAGACGGACAAAAAACCCCAGGGGAAGCAACUGCAGACCCGUGCAGACUACUUGCUGAAACUGCUCAGGAAGAGUCUGGAGAAGAAAGGGACUGUGCAAAGUGAGGAAGAGGCCAAAUUAAAAAAACGAAAGCCUCGAGUCAAAAAGGAAAACAAAGCACCUAGGCUGAAAGAUGAACAUGGAGUUGAGUUUUCAUCUCCCAGACAUUCAGAUAACCCAUCUGAAGAGGGAGAAGUGAAGGACGAUGGCUUAGAAAAAAGUCCAAUGAAAAAGAAACAAAAGAAGAAAGAGAAUAAGGAGAACAAGGAGAAACAGAUGAGUUCUAGGAAAGACAAAGAAGUGGAUAAGGAAAGAAAGAAGUCAAAAGAUAAGAAAGAGAAGCCUAAAGGUGGUGAUGCCAAAUCUUCAAGUAAAUCAAAGAGAUCUCAGGGUCCUGUCCAUAUUACAGCUGGAAGUGAGCCUGUCCCAAUCGGAGAGGAUGAGGACGAUGAACUGGACCAGGAAACAUUCAGCAUAUGUAAGGAGAGGAUGAGGCCUGUGAAAAAGGCGCUGAAACAGCUGGACAAGCCCGACAAGGGGCUGAACGUGCAGGAGCAGCUGGAGCACACUCGGAACUGCCUGCUCAAGAUUGGAGACCGAAUAGCAGAGUGCCUUAAAGCCUACUCAGACCAGGAGCACAUCAAGCUGUGGAGGAGGAACCUGUGGAUUUUUGUUUCCAAGUUUACAGAAUUUGAUGCUAGAAAAUUGCAUAAGUUAUACAAGAUGGCUCAUAAGAAAAGAUCACAAGAAGAAGAGGAGCAAAAGAAGAAAGAUGAUAUGAUUGGUGGUAAGAAACCAUUUCGACCGGAGGCCUCGGGCUCCAGCCGGGACUCCUUGAUGUCUCAGUCCCAUACCCCUCACAACCUGCACCCCCAAAAGCCUCAUUUGCCUGCCUCCCAUGGCCCACAGAUGCACGGACACCCAAGAGAUAACUACAAUCACCCCAACAAGAGGCACUUUAGUAACUCAGACCGAGGAGACUGGCAGAGGGAAAGGAAGUUUAACUAUGGUGGUGGCAACAGCAACCCCCCCUGGGCGAGCGACAGGCACCAUCAGUAUGAGCAGCACUGGUACAAGGACCACCAUUAUGGGGACCGGCGACACAUGGACACCCACCGGUCGGGGAGCUACCGGCCCAACAACAUGUCCCGGAAGAGACCCUACGACCCAUACAGCAGUGACCGAGACCACCGGGGACACAGAGAUUACUAUGACAGGCACCAUCAUGACUCCAAGCGGAGGAGAUCCGACGAAUUUAGGCCUCAGAACUACCACCAGCAGGACUUCCGCCGCAUGUCUGAUCACCGCCCCCCAAUGGGCUAUCACGGCCAGGGACCCUCAGACCACUACCGUUCCUUCCACACAGACAAACUGGGGGACUACAAGCAGCCCCUGCCCCCGCUGCACCCUGCUGUCUCCGAUCCCCGCUCGCCCCCUUCUCAGAAGUCUCCUCAUGACUCUAAGUCACCCCUGGAUCAUAGGUCUCCUUUGGAGAGAUCUCUAGAACAGAAAAACAAUCCAGAUUAUAACUGGAAUGUGCGGAAGACAUAAAGGACAGCUCGGGAGGAAGCGGCAAGUGAGUCCCUAAGCGCCUGGAGGUUUUGGUCUGACCCAGCAGCAGCCAGUCGGCUGGACCCAUGUGGAGGCCUGGACACGCGGUGCUGCUCGCUGGCUGAGGGAGCACUUCAGGGAGUGGGGGCUCUGGACCAGCCCAGCUCUGGGGGGGCCACCACUCUGCACUCUGGCACCCCAACCCGCCCAUCCUGGUCCCAGCCUCCCACCAACAAAAGAGUUGGCUUUUGUGUCCUGCCUUCGGGUUGCCCAGUGGAGAAGGUGGGACCUGCGCCUGGUCAGGGAAGGAGCAUGAGCACCAAGGCUGUGGCAUGUGGCCGGGGCAUGGCCACCAGGCCAGAUGCUGCUGACCAGGAGGGCACGGGUGGGCAGAUGGGGUGAGUCAUAGGACUUGCAGGGGAACAGGAACACCCCUCAAAUACGUUCUUAAAAAUUGCAGGUGGGUGGGGGACAGAAGGAUGUGGCUCCCACAGCGGCCCCUGCCCACCAACACUAAUCAGCCCUGCUGUCUGCACAUUUCAGAGGCCUCGUCUCCCGAGUGGGCUUCCAGCCUCCUGGUCUAGGGAAAGCAGAGGUGGGGGCCAGCUUGGGCCCUUCGAGCUAGGUGGCACUCAAGCCGGUCUGGGUCUUGUUUGGGGGGGGGGUUAAGGGUGGACUUUGGGGAGGUGGAGGGAUGGGUGGGGAAAUGUAACCAGAGAACUGGAGUCCCUGGUGGAUUUCAGAUUCUUAUAAUGAGACAUGAGACUAUAGGAUAGGACUGUGGGGGAAGGGAGGCAGGCACCCAGUGUGUGCAGGGCCAGGGUAGGGUGCCCCUAGUGCUGGGCCUGGUGGUUGAUGGCUCUGCGGUCUGGCUGUCUUUGCAGGAUCUGAAGCACUUGUCACAGGAAGCCCUGGCCAGACUGGUCAGGCAGAAUGCUGUGCCUGUGUUGCACAGGCUCCCCCGUGUGGACAGCAGUGGAGUUGCACCCCAUCUCCUUUAGAGUAAGGGAGUGAAGUAUAAAUAUAAACCCCAGUUAGAUUAUCUCCAGGGUAGAAGGGGCCAGGCGGUGGUGCACCUGGUGAAGCACGCACAUUACAGAUGGUCUCCAAAGUAGGAGGUGCCUUGGGAGAGGAGUUGCCACACUGGAGCAUUAGCCAGGCGGGGCUGGUGGCCCUGGGACCCUCUUUCACUCAUUUUGAACACUGCGUGCUAGUAUUGUUAUCCUCUCUGAAGGCUAUUUUAGAAGAAAUCACCAUCACUGGCUUGAACCCUCAUGUGAUGGGUCCUUCUGUGGGGACAGUCACAGAGCCAGCUCCCUGCAGGAACUGGGGGAGGGUGUCAAAGACUAAUCCUCACUUCCCUGCUGGCGUCCUGGGCAGCACACUCAUGCCAACCCGAGUGAAGCAGGCAGCCCUCCCUGCUGGCCAUCCUGGCUCAUGACCCAACCGGGGCUGCUGGGCUGAGUCAGGUGAGAGUCAGGGUCCCUGCGAGUUUGGGGGAGGGGGCGCCUCGGGCUGCUUGCCCUGAGCUUACACCUGACUGACCUGGAGCAAAGGGCCUUUGGGCCCUGCCACUGCUGUCCCACCCAGAAGGCACUACGGCGACUCUCAGACAAGGGAACAAAGAAGGGCUGGCAAUUCUGCCUUGGCCGCCACUGGCUUAGCUUCUUGCUGACAGGACCACAUGUAAGUCUGACCCAGAUCAAAGAGGAUGCUCCAUCAGGCCCGGUGGGGGAUCAGGGCAUUUCCUUGGCUCCUGGCUCUCAGGCUUUUCUCUGAUGCCAUGGAGAGGUGCUCAGCGUUAUUCCCAAAUACAUCUCACAGUGAGGAAGAGGGAGCUUGCUUUUGUUGACAUUCAGGAUUCACAGUGCCAUAUGAUGUAGCAAGAGGCAAUAGAAGCCAGAACAGUGUUAAUUUAUCACAUGACAGUAUCCCCCCAAAAGCAUCUGCUUGAGGGUUUGAAAGAUGUCUGGCUGUGGGCCAGGAGCAGGGAGGCUCCUUCUCACUGGUCAGAAUGGAGCCUGUUGUCUCUCACUGAGGGAGAAGUUGAUGGGGCCCAGGGAGCAAGGGCCACCCACAGACUUGUUUGGGGGGGCCCAUGUUGUGAAGUAGCAUCAGUUGGAAGAAGGGAGUUGCCAUCACCCCCAACCCUGACCACAAACAAGGGUGAAAACAGUAUAUACCACACCCCAGAAAAAGGCACGUGAAACCCAGGCUCCUCAUUGCCAGACAAACAGCCCCAGGGCCCUUGCUCCUUGUGACUUAUUCCAUAAGCCCUUCCUGGGGAGACAAGCACCCCAACCCACAGCUGAUAGCAAAGGCAGUUCAGCCAGGAGUUGACCCAACAGGGAGAUCCUACAGACCAAAAUCCACUGUCGGCAGGGGCAGAGGCAUGUGGGGCCAAGGGAGGAAGGCCAGGCUGCUCUAGCCCGUCCAUACCCCAGUCUUUGAGGAGUGGGGCGGACGGGUUUCUUUCUUGUAAAUUGUGGACUUUUAAAACCUAUUGACUAAACAGUAAUUAAUUUAUAUUUGUGAAAAUGCCACUGUCCUAGUGAUUUCUGAUGUAAAUAAUGUUUAUAUAGUAUGUAUUAAAUUUUCCUACAUUGUCAAAAGCC